CCGACCAGCUGGGAUCUCUGAUGCGCCCAACCUCUCCUCCCCGCCUCCCACCUCUCUUUCUCCAGGCACCUCGCACAUAAAUCACGGUGGGAGGCAGGCUUGGCUCCCCUGCGCCGGGAAGCUGCUGCCCCCUCCCUUGCUCAGCAGAGGGCUUUGCAGCAGUGGAGGAGGCAGCGCCGCUGAUUUCGGGCACCGCACCGGGGAAGCAACCGAUUCGUCGGCUGCCAGCAGCCCUGAGUUGCCUACGCGGAAGACGAGAGGAAGAGACAGAGACAGAGACAGAGAGAGAGAGAGAGAGAGAGAGAGAGAGAGAGAGAGAGGCGCUGACUUACAGAGCAAAACCCUUCAUCCAUGUGGAGGACAGUCUGAGGGAGCCACAGUCUGCCUUGCCCACCAACUGGCUGACUUUUCUCCUCGCCUGGCGGUGGCACCUCCGCUGAGCUUUCAAACCAAGUCACCGGGAGUUAACAUCUUCCCACCCCGCAGGGAAGGGAGGAGUUGGCAAGAAUUUGGCUCAGCCGUUCCCCCUGCAAUCCGCUGGUGUUGUGGCGCACCGGACAUCUGCCAUGACCGACACCGUGGUCAGCAGCAGCUCCAGCCGCUGGGUGUGUCCCAGCGACCGGCCCCUUCAGUCCAAUGAUAAAGAACAGCUCCAGGCGGGCUGGUCCGUCCAUCCCGGUGGUCAGCCCGACAGACAGAGGAAGCAGGAAGAGCUGACAGAUGAGGAGAAGGAAAUUAUCAACAGGGUGAUCGCCCGGGCCGAGAAAAUGGAAGAGAUGGAGCAGGCGCGGAUCGGGCGCCUGGUGGACCGUCUGGAGAACAUGAGAAAGAAUGUGGCUGGGGAUGGGGUGAACCGCUGCAUCCUGUGUGGGGAACAGCUGGGGAUGCUGGGCUCUGCCUGCGUAGUGUGCGAGGACUGUAAGAAGAAUGUCUGCACCAAAUGCGGGGUAGAGACCUCCAACAACCGCCCGCAUCCUGUGUGGCUCUGCAAAAUCUGCAUUGAGCAGAGGGAGGUGUGGAAGCGUUCUGGAGCCUGGUUCUUCAAGGGCUUCCCCAAACAGGUCCUCCCACAGCCUAUGCCCAUAAUGAAGACCAAGCCCAAGCAGCCUGUCAGUGAGCCCGCUGUCCCAGAGCAGCCUACCCCUGAACCCAAGCACACUGUCCAAGCUCCAACUCAAGGUGACGCCGAAGACAGGAGGGGCCCAGGUCAGAAGCCAGGCCCUGAGCUGGCCUCUGCGCCUGGCCGAGGAAGCUACGGGCCUCCUGUGCGCAGGGCCUCAGAGGCACGAAUGAGCUCAGCCAGCCGGGACUCAGAGGGCUGGGGCCAUGGCCAUGGCGGGGCAGCCGGUGACUCCAGCCGGAGCCCAGCAGGCUUGAGACGGGCCAACUCAGUGCAGGCCUCCAGACCCGCCCCAGCCUCGACGCCGAGCCAGGCACCGCCUCAGCCUGGGCAGCCAGGGCCCCCAGGAGGCGGCAGACCCAGCGCUGGGCCAGCAGGACGCUCUUCGGACCAGAGACCAGACGUGGCCCCCGGUGACCUCUGCUACCCAGGGGCCUCCAUCCCACCCUGGGAGGAGCGACUAGGAGUCGGAGCCAGGGAGGACCGAGCGGGCCACGCCCCAGGCCCUUACUCCCAAGUGUCUGCUGCUGCCCCCCAGCCUGUCGCCACCCCUGCCCGCCAGCCCCCACCCCCCGAGGAGGACGAGGAGGAAGCCAACAGCUACGAUUCGGAUGAAGGGACCACCCUGGGUGCCCUGGAGUUCAGCCUUCUCUACGACCAGGAGAACAGCUCCCUGCACUGCACCAUCAUCAAGGCCAAGGGACUGAAGCCCAUGGACUCCAACGGCCUGGCCGAUCCUUAUGUUAAGCUGCACCUCCUGCCGGGAGCCAGCAAGUCCAACAAGCUUCGGACAAAAACCCUGCGGAACACCCGGAACCCCAUCUGGAACGAGACCCUCGUCUAUCACGGCAUCACGGACGAGGACAUGCAGCGAAAGACGCUCAGGAUCUCUGUCUGUGACGAGGACAAAUUUGGCCACAACGAGUUUAUCGGUGAGACCCGAUUCUCACUCAAGAAGCUAAAGUCCAACCAAAGAAAGAACUUCAACAUCUGCCUAGAGCGCGUGAUCCCGAUGAAGCGUGCGGGGACCACCGGCUCCGCCCGAGGCAUGGCCCUCUAUGAGGAGGAGCAGGUGGAGCGCAUUGGCGACAUAGAGGAGCGCGGCAAGAUCCUGGUGUCCCUCAUGUACAGCACACAGCAGGGGGGCCUCAUCGUGGGCAUCAUACGUUGCGUGCACCUGGCCGCCAUGGACGCCAAUGGCUACUCAGACCCAUUCGUCAAGCUCUGGCUGAAACCAGACAUGGGAAAGAAGGCCAAACAUGAGAUGCAAAUUAAGAAGAAAACAUUGAAUCCUGAUUUUAAUGAGGAGUUCUUCUAUGACAUCAAACACAGCGACCUGGCGAAGAAGUCGCUGGACAUCUCGGUCUGGGACUACGACAUCGGCAAGUCCAACGAUUACAUCGGAGGCUGCCAGCUGGGGAUCUCGGCCAAGGGCGAGCGCUUGAAACACUGGUACGAGUGUCUGAAGAACAAGGACCAGAAGAUCGAGCGCUGGCACCAGCUCCAGAACGAGAACCACGUGCCCAGCGAUUAGGGUGGCGCCCGGCUCCCUGGCUCCGUGCCCUGCCCCCUGCCCAGGUCCCCCCCAGCCUGCCCCAGCCUGCCUCAGCGGCCCACUGCACUCUGGUCUCUCUCCUGUACGCCCCUGCCCCUCCCCUGCCGCCCUCCCUGAACCUGCUUUUGGGGUCCCCCUCACCUUGGGCAUUGCCGCCAAAGACCUCCUCUGCCCCCCCCCGCCCCCCCCGGGGAUGCUCCUGUGAGGCUGCAAGGCGGGCUCUGAGCGCAGCCCCGCUCCGGUCUGGUCUGGUCCGCCAGGAUGGAGCAGUCGGAACAGGGAUGGGAGAUCUUUACAAAGAGGUCGUUCCUUUAACAACCUCCCGGUUUGGGUAAUUACAGACGUUCGUCAUCAUUUCGGACUGCUUUAGCCCUCCUGGCCUUGAGCAGGCGGGCACGGACACUCCCGUUUCCUGCGUCACGUCUGUGUGUCCCCUCAGCCGUCAGCACCGGACAAAGCUGUGGGGACCCUGAACCGGGGUAGACAUAGAGCGUCCAGGCUCCCAGCUUUCUGUCCCUCUCCACCCCCGUCUCUCUCCCCUUCUCCCCUCUCCCUCUCUAAGGGGUUCAAUAGCAAAAGCAAAAAAUGUCCUAACACAGCCUCACCCCCUCACCUCCUCUCACCUGCCAGACCAGCAAUCGGGCAAAACCUGAGCUUCCAUGUAGCCCCUUGCUCCCUCAGAUGCCCACUUCCCCGUGGGCACCGCCAGGCGGCCUCUGGCGGAGGGCCGGCUGCUGGCCCUGCCCAGGUGCAGGCAGCAGCCCACAGGCUGUGUAGGCCCCCAAGCAGGCCUUUCCCAGCCCCUGGCCUCCCGGGGUGGGCGCAGAAGGCGCCUGGAAGCCAGAGCUCUGGGCGGGGGGCCGGGUGGAGGGGCCUCGCCGAAGCCGCAUGGGGUUCCUCCUCCCUCUGCUCUCUGUUCAGUGGACCUACGACCCCUGUCCCUGACGCUCUGACUCGGCUGCUUUGACUCUCGCGCCUGUGUCUCACCCAGAAUCGCCCCGAAUCUGUCUGUCUCUGUCUGUCUCUCUGUCUCUGUCCCUCGCACCCUCCAAUGUGCGGGAGGAAUACACCGCCGUCAUCGUGGAUCUGAAACUGUAGUGUGACAGGUGCCGGUGCCAAAGGCUUUUGUUCCAUGGGGAUCAUCCAGUCUUGCUCUUUAAAAGUUGCUUCCCAAAGGAGAAGAAGGCAGCGCGGACACACAUCACCAUCCGAGGCUGGGUUCGGGCAGUCUGCGCUGCCUGUGAAAAGCCUUGGUUUUUCCCAUUCCCACGGCGCCUGCCCCUGUGAGGAUCGCCCCCUGUCCAGCAGCCCACCCUGACCUGAGAUGGACGCGCAAACGCUCACUUCCUGGAAACACACGCCUUUUCACCUUCCCCCGCCAGGCUCUCCACCCCCAGCUCUGCACAAUUCACUGAGAGCCACCGAUUUCUAAAUGUUCAGUCCUAAACCCCACGUUCCCCGUCCGCCCCGAGAUGGCCAACAGCUUCCUGGCUGCCGUCGGCCCCCUGACCCUCCACCUGACCCUCCGCGGCCCCGGCGCCCGCCUCUGCCCCUCGGUUUGCCCUUAGGAGAAAGCAUGCUGGCUGCGUCGCCCAAGCCUGGCACAGGUACUGGCGCUGGAACCAGCAUGUGGCGAGCUCCCAGUGCCCGCAGUCCAGGCGCACGCUCUCUCCGCUCUCCCCACAAAUGUAACCGCCCCCCCCCCCCCCCGCCUUGAGUACACACACGCCCUCCGCCCUCCGGUGCAUGCAGAACCCCAGAACUGCCC